AUGACGGCCUCUAUCCAAGAAGACCACAACGAGGAUCGCCCUGACACCGAGGAUACUCCCCUCCUAGGAUCAUCCACGACGGACGCCCAAACCCAUGUCCUUCCGACCCGCCAGCUUGUUAUCGUCUUUACAGCUCUAGCUUUUGUGCAGUUUACGUCGUUUCUCGAUCAAACCGCCAUUUCGACGGCUCUGCCCUCCAUUGCGCAAGACCUGCACGCCGGCUCCUCCAUCUCUUGGGUCGGAGCGAGUUUCCUCAUCUCCAGCACCAGCGUCCAACUCAUCAAUGGCCGGCUCUCAGACAUCUUUGGCCGGAAGAACUGCCUCAUCGCAACACUCACUGUGAUGGGACUCGGGAAUCUGCUUUCGGGAUUUGCGAGAACACCGUUCGAACUGUAUGUGACUCGGGCGGUAAGUGGGUUGGGCGCCGGAGCGAUCAACGCUUUGGUUCAGGUGACCAUCUCAGAUAUCACAACAUUAUCCCAACGAGGCAAAUACUUUGGCAUCAUAGGAAUAUUCGUGGCGUUGGGAAAUGGCUUGGGUCCGGUGAUUGGUGGUGUGUUGACGAAACAGGCUUCGUGGCGAUGGGCGGUUUGGUUUAUCAGCCCGAUGGCGGCGCUGGCUGUGGGAAUUCUUUAUUUCGUGCUGCCCACCUCGCGCAUGAGCGGGAACAUGUGGACCAAGCUGAAGAUGGUGGACUGGUUCGGGGUUAUCGUGAGUGUGCUGGCUGUAGUGCUGGUAUUAGUGCCCGUCUCCCAGGGUGGUUCGGCGCUUCCGUGGAGCUCUCCUAUUGUCAUAGCCAUGUUAUCGGCGGCUUGCGCGCUCUGGAUAGCUUUUGUAUUUCUCGAAUCGCGCGUCGUGCGCUUGCCCAUCGUACCCAUGCGCCUUUUCAGUAACGGCUACUCGGCCAACAUUUUGCUGGCGCAAAAUCUUGCCAUCGGCUGGGUCUACUGGAGCAAUCUUUUCUACCUGCCUAUGUACUUCCAAAAUGUUCGAGGCUGGAGUCCUACCGAGGCCGGAUCCCUCAUCCUCCCCAUGGUGAUCGCUCAUGGAAUCUUCUCCGGACUCAGUGGUUUCCUCCUCUCUUGGACCGGCCGGUACUGGCCUAUCGUCGUAGGCGGAACGUCCAUUUGGACACUUGCUACCAGCGGCAAAGCGUUCUAUGGCCCGAACACGCCCGUCUGGGUCUUCAUUGUCGUGGGUAUGUUUGAAGGCUUAGGGGUCGGCUUUUGCUUUCAGCCCGUCUUGGUCGCCUUGAUGACAAACUCGGCCAAUGAAGACCGUGCGGUGAUGACAGGCCUUCGAAAUUUUAUUCGAGCUAUGGGAGGAGCGGUCGGUAUUACCGUAUCCGGAGCCAUCUUGAGCAAUGUCCUCCAACUCGGCCUCGGAGACAAAUUCUCACCGGAAGUAAUCGCUCGACUGACUUCCAGUGUUCAAAACUUACCGGAUUCAGAGUUCUCCCGUGAUGAGAUGCAUUUGAUCCUCUCAGUCUACAUGGCGGGACUCCACGCUGUUUUCAUAUCAUUUGUGCCUCUGAUCGCGCUAUGCUUUUUGUCGUCGCUUCUGGUCAAGGACUACCCAAUUGGAGGCAAGGAUCAGAAGACGGAGCGUCGUACACAGACAGGAAGACCUAACCAUAAUUUGGAGGAACCUGCCGAGCUGCCAACGGGCAGAGAUGGGGUAUGA